UCGGCUUUGGCACAUUGAUCAUCAUUAUGAAACCAGCUCGGGGGUCAGGAAGGAGCUCCACACGGGGCCCCAGAGGCGCUGCAGAGAGGAAGACUGAUAAGAGAUCUCAAAAGUCUAAGACCAGUGUUGAAGGCUCACAUCCGGAACAGUCUAAGAAAAACAGUGUGAUGGCUGGAAAAAUUAAAAAUCAGAGUAAGUGGAAGCCAAUGACCAAGUCUUCCAUACUGACCCUCGACAACAUGCUUGACUUGUCAAUUCUGUCUGUUUUAACAUUGAGACGCAAAGAUAAAGAAGAAUCGCAAAAGCAUCUCAACCUCCUUAAAGAUCAGUUUCUGGCAAAGUGUGCACAGCUCUCCGUUCCUCCAAGGAAACAUGGAGACAUUUUACAGGUGUCCAAUCAGUUUAAAGCUGAGAGUAAGAAGGCUGAGCAAGGCAAGAAGACACUUAAGUCUCUAGAGGAGAACUUGGCCCCUAUGGUGAGCUCUCUUGAGGAGAUGGAAGGGAAGAUGGACAGUUUGGAAGAAAAAUGCAGGAUGAUGAGGAGCAAACUAGAAGAGAACGAGGAGAAUGCACCGGAGUUUCUUCAGCUGUCAGAGCAGACUGUCCUGCGGCUCCCUGCUUUACCAUCUCGCCCAGCCAAUGAGCCGACACUACAGGAGCAGCUCAUGAAGAUGGUACCUAAUCCCUCAGCAGUGGUCAAAGCCCUACAGAUGUCUACAGUUGACGGAAAUGUGAGGGCGUAUCUGGAACUUGCACACAAACAGGUGGCUGCAGUACAGAUGGCAAACAGUGACACAGCCGUGGACUGA